AUGCUAGAAUUAUUUGAAUUUCAAGAAAAAGCCGCUUUAAAAAUAGUGGAAAAAUACGAGCGAUAUCUCCGCUGUCAAAUCGUUAUCAAGAAAGGAAAUGAAGAAACACCAGUGCCUUUUAUCCAAAUUUUAGAUGCCUUAACUGGUUCUGGAAAAACGGUAAUUUUAGCCAAAACUAUCGGCGAGAUAAGUAAAUUAAGUCAAGAAAAUCCAAUAGUUUUGUGGUUAAGCAAAGCCAGUGUGGUAGUGGAGCAAAGUUUUAAUAAUUUAACUAGCGGUGGCAAAUAUCACCAUUUAUUAGGCAAAUGUCAGGUUAUCAUGCUUGCCGAAUAUCACGAAAGUUUAUUAUUCGAAAAUGAGCCGUUAGUCCUUUUUGCUACCGUGGGAACUUUUAACCAAAAAGAUAAAGAAGCCGGUAAUCGCCAAAUUUAUCAAUGGCAUAAUUUGUCCGACCAACAAACCAAUUUAUUAUUAGAGUUAAAGCCAGAGGUUUUUUUAAUGGCGAGUGCGACCAUGAAAUUUCCCCACAAAUUAGCCGAACAGUUUACCGAAUUAAAAAAAGAAAGCAAGUGGCAAGACCAUGAUUUUUUCACCCAAGUGCCAACUACCGAAGUAGUAGAAGCCGGUUUAGUGAAAAAAGUAAUUCAGUUAGCCAGUUAUGAAAAUCCCCGUGAGGAAACCAUUUCCUCGCUGGUUGAGGAUUUAAGGGUCAUCGAAAACCAACUCCAAAAUAAUUUACCGAACCAAAAACCCAAAGCGAUUUAUGUUUGUCUCGAAAAAUGUCAAGUGAAGCCAGAAAAUAUUGCCGUUUAUUGUGAUUUAAAAUUUAGCCGAGAUUUUCCUAAACCUCCGGAAUUCAAUUUAUUUGCUGGGAGUGGAGAAAAGAAAUAUCAAGAAUUUAUUAGUGAUGACCCCUUGGUUUAUUGUGCUUACAUUGACCGUUUGCUUAAUUCUUCCCUGGCGGUGAAGCAAAUUAUUGGUCGAGUUUUACGCCAACCUAAACCAACUAUCACUCACCAAUUACCAGAAUUAUUAAAUACCGCUCAUUUUUACAUUCAGGUCGAAAAACAGUCUACUUUUCAAGGAGUAAUUGAAGAAAUUAACCAUGAAUUAGAAAAAAAUGGUCGAGGUAUUGAGAUUAAACCAACUACUUCCGUGGAUAAACCGGAGAUCGUUAAAGUUGAAGAUAUUUACCAACUACCAAAAAUUAUUUGUAAUGCAGAUAAAAUUAAUACUCGGGGUGAUAGUUAUCGAACUAUUACUAAAAAAUAUAUUGACGAGCAAGGCAAUUUCCAAGAAACAGUUCACGAAAAGACUGGUGACACUGAUAAGAUUACAGUCCGGGCGGUUUUCUACCGAGAAAUUAUUCGCAAACUUCCCCAAAUCCGAGGAAUAGUCUUGCUAGAUGAGCCUAAAUUUGAUGCCUUAGUAGGGUUUAAAUCAAAUGUUUACGGACAAAUCAUUAAAAAGGUGGAUGAAAUUAUUAAAGUUUAUUUAGACAAUUCUCAACUGGAAGCAAGUGAAACGGAGUUAUAUACUGUCCCCGAUUUAUUACUUUAUAACCCUACUAAUUCUAUUAAUUUUAACAAUAGCAUUCACCCCAAAUACUCUCAAUUAAAUAAGUUGGAGGAAAAAUUCGCUUGCGAAUUAGAUAAAUUUGGUUAUAAGUGGUGUCGCAAUCCUUCCCGCACCGGUUAUUCUAUCCCCCUAGUUACUUUGGGUUCAACUCGGAAUUUUUAUCCCGAUUUUUUGGUUUUCCUUAAAAAUAAAAUUAUUGCGGUUGAUACCAGCGGCGAACAUUUAAUCAAAGAUAAAGUUGAUCGGAAAUUAUUGAAUAUUAGUCCCAAGUUAUUAGUUUGUUUUGUUUCUAGUGGAAAAUGGGAUGAAAAAUCAGUUGAGAAAACUGAUGAGAGUGGUUGA